AUGUCUGGCAUCGAGUCGACUGAGGAGCCUUGCGACAGCAUGACAGAGUCGCAGAGUCUGUCGGCUUUGGAGCCUGAAGAGCGGCUGACUCGCAAGGAUUCUGGCUUGCAAUCACAAAGCCCUACUAAACGACACUUCGCCUUCUCGCCUCACCGACUAAUCACAUCGAUAUCGCGACAUACGUCACCUCACAAGCCACGACCGAAAUCUCAAUCAAGGGUGCCCACGCCGAAACUGCAUCCUCUACCGCCACACCGCCUGGUUAGCCCUGAGAGAGAUAAGCCUUCUAUAGAAGGCAUAUCCAAAUCGUUUGUGAGUUUUCUCACCGCUGCCAGCGUCUACGCUGGGUUUCAGGAUUUAGAAGGAGAAGACCAACAGGUAUCGCCCGAUGACGUUUCCGCGGGCGAAUCAGAGGACCAGCAAGAUAACGAAUCGUCCGAUGAACAGGAGAACGACGAUCAGGAUGACCAUACAUUUUACGCCACAGACCCUUCGCCCACCGAGCUGACGAUUAAUGAGAAUACGCUAUUACCAGAGCCAGAGCCCCCACGUCGGACGCUCCGCAAAGCCAGAUCUCGGUUCGAAUUCUCUGUGGUGAAGCGGCUCUCUGAGAAUGAAAAUGAUCAGCUGGCGCAGAAAAGAGCGAUCGCACUAUCGAACAAGCUGAAGAGAACAUUUGACAUUUCCGAUACAGAUGAGUUUAUCAGUGAUUAUCCGUGCUGGUUGAUGGGAGACGUUCUGUUGCAAGGCCAUCUCUAUAUCACCAAACACCACAUCUUGUUCUUUGCAUUUUUACCCAAGAAACAGGGUUCCAUCUCGAAAGCGGGCGCGCUGACCACGAAAUCGUAUCCGUCUCUAAGAGAGCACCGCAAAUGGGCUGUCCUACGCAACAACACCUUCAGCGUGUAUUCAAACUCGACAGAUCUGUAUUUUCCGCUACUGGUGAUUGAUCUCCGAACUGCUUUGCGCGCGGAAAUUCUCCAAAGCAGUAGCACCGAGCAGAAUCCAAGUAAACCAGUGUGGAUUCGGAUUAUAACAGAGUCAAGAACGCACUGGUUUCUUGCUGACAAUUUGGCUUCAGCUAGAUCCUGGGUUUCGAGUCUGAAGAAGCACAUUUUCGCAUCAAGGAACAAAGGCGAUCAGGUGGCCAUUAAGAUCCCUUUGCAGAACGUGGUUGACUUGGAGCUGACCUCUGUCAUUGGGGUGACCAAGAAUUUGAGGAUCAAGGUCAUUGAGAGUGCAGAUACGUUUGCCAUAGAUGAUUACUUCCUGAUGUUCUUUUCAAGAGGAGAAAAGGCCGUGGAGGAUAUCAAGAAAGUGAUUCACGAUGCAGGUAUGGAGAUCUCAGAGGGAACGAGCACGGAAAGCGAGGACGAGCCGGGCGUGGAUAACAACCUUUUGAAAUCCAAGAUCGAGCUGCUAAAAAAGUCCCCGUCAAUGGUGCAGACCUCUAGUAAGUCAAAUAUCCCCGCCAUCCGAAUGGACGAGCCGGCUGACGAUUUCAACCAAGAGCAAGAGUCUGCGCAAAGCUCCAAAUUUGUAUCAGACGAUGAGAUUGUUUCGGCAGACGAUAACCAAGUGUUGGAGGAGAAGCAACCAGAGGAUAAUCUGGCAAAUGCUGAAAAGGAGAGUCAUGACAAAGUUUCCAGAGCUAACAGUCGUCGUACAUGGUCGACAAGGUCAUUAGUACAAGGCCUGACAGCUAUCACUCAAGGAUGGAUGUCGCCCUCUCCCAUGGCUCAUUUUGAUGAGAAAUACGCAGUUUUGCGAGGAGAGGAGGAUUCAUACUUCAUCAAGGAUCCAGAUCAGCGUAAGGCAGCUACAGAGCGGUUCAGAAAACAUUUCUCUCUCACGGAUGGUGAAAAGCUUAUUGCCACAUACCAUGCUUAUCUGGUCAAGGGUAUUCCUGCAUACGGUAAGAUAUAUCUUGGGUCCAAUGAGAUGUGUUUCCGUUCGACGUUGCCCGGAACAGGAACCAUAAUGAUCCUUCCUUUUUCGGAUAUUGAAAACGUGAAUAAGGAGAAGGGUUUUCGAUUUGGAUACUCUGGGUUGGUUGUCGUCAUUCAUGGGCAUGAGGAACUGUUUUUCGAGUUUGCCAGCGACCAAGCGCGGGACGAUUGUGAGUUCAUGCUUUUGAAACAAAUGGAUAUGUUCAAGAAAGGAAGCACCGAUAGCAGUCCUCCCAAUGCGAGCGAAGGUUCGAGCGAUGAGAGCUGCAAUUUAGCAGAGUCAAAUACAAGUUUAGCAUCUGCCAGAUUGAGGAUGUUCGAGAAUCGGAUCCAUGAUGCAAUUGGCUUGGACGUGCCGAUUAUCAUAGAAGAGCAUCCAUUGACCAAAACCAAAGUUAGGCCGCUGAAAUCUUAUAAAUUCACGCUGUUGACGAUUGGAUCCCGAGGAGACGUUCAGCCGUAUAUUGCAUUGGGAAAGGCCUUGAUAAAAGAGGGCCACCAGGUUCGGAUUGUCACCCAUGCCGAGUUUGAGCCCUGGAUCAAAACACAUGGUAUCAAGUUUGCUUCGAUAGCUGGAGAUCCAUCUGAACUCAUGGCAUUGAUGGUCACCCAUCCAACCAUAAAUUACAAUUUUAUAAAGGAGGCCAAGUCAAAGUUCCGGAGCUGGAUCGAUGACCUGUUGGUCACAUCGUGGAAAGCCUGUCAGGACACAGAUAUUCUGAUCGAGUCUCCUUCUUCAAUAUGUGGUAUUCACAUUGCUGAGAAGCUGCAAAUUCCUUACUUCCGUGCUUUUACCAUGCCGUGGACACGUACGAGAGCGUAUCCUCACGCCUUCAUGGUUCCUGAUCAGAAACUGGGCGGUGCCUACAACUAUAUGACCCAUGUGGCUUUCGAAAAUGGAUACUGGCGAGGAACCGCUCAUCAAGUGAAUAAAUGGCGUGUUGAAACGUUAGGGCUGCCAAAAACGUCUCUAGCCGAGAUGAAACAGAAUAAUGUUCCGUUCCUUUAUAACAUUUCGCCAACAGUCUUUCCUCCUUCUGUGGAUUUUGCUGAGUGGGUCAAAGUGACCGGUUACUGGUUCUUGGAUGAAAGCGAGACAUACCAGCCACCCGAGGCUCUGAGUAAGUUCAUUGAGCAGGCGAGAAAAGACGGAAAAAAGGUGGUUUACAUUGGAUUUGGGUCCAUCGUGGUUUCCAAGCCUUCGGAACUUACCCAAGCAGUUGUGGACGCUGUUCUUGAGGCCGAUGUGAGGUGCAUCCUGAAUAAAGGGUGGUCAGAUCGUUUGGGAACCAAGACUGAAAUUGAGGUGGUGCUUCCACCUGAAAUAUAUAAUGCCGGAAGCGUGCCCCAUGAUUGGCUAUUUCCUCAGAUUGAUGCUGCUGUUCAUCAUGGAGGCUCUGGAACGACAGGAGCUUCGUUGCGAUUUGGCCUGCCGACAAUCAUCAAGCCGUUUUUUGGAGACCAGAAAUUUUAUGCGGGAAGAGUCGAAGAUCUUGGAUGUGGUGUUAGUCUGAAAGAUUUGAACUAUAAGAGUCUUGCGAGGGCUCUCAAGGAGGUGACCACCAACACAAGGAUUAUCGAAAAGGCUAAACUUGUGGGAGCCAGAAUCCGGUCCGAAACAGGCGUUCAAACUGCCAUUGAAACAAUUUACAACGAAAUGGAGUACGCUCGGAGUUUAUCAAUCAGCAAAGUGAAACAAGUCUCCGUUGUAAAGAGCGACGAGGAGUUUGAUGACGACAAAGACGAGGAAGUCGAAGGCUCGUGGCUACUGGUUUGA